AUUCCCUUACUUUCGGGUUUUCAAGAGAUUAUUGCUAUGCUGAGCUGACCUCUCAAACUUUUAACACUUCAUAAUUCUCCUUAAAACACAAAUUCCAUUUCUCUUCAAUCUUUCCUCUUAUGGAAAAUCUCCACCAACAACGCCUGCCUUCCAUGAAAUCAAGAUUCAAACGUGUUUGUGUUUUCUGUGGUAGCAGCCCUGGCAAGAGUCCUAUCUACCAGUUUGCUGCUAUUCAGCUCGGCAAACAACUGGUUGAAAGGAACAUUGACUUGGUUUACGGAGGAGGAAGCAUUGGGUUGAUGGGGCUUGUCUCUCAAGCUGUAUAUGAUGGUGGUCGCCACGUGUUGGGAGUAAUUCCCAAAACUCUUAUGCCAAGAGAGAUAACUGGAGAGACUGUCGGAGAAGUAAGAGCUGUAUCAGGCAUGCACCAACGCAAAGCUGAAAUGGCACGUCAGGCUGAUGCCUUCAUUGCCUUGCCAGGUGGCUAUGGAACUCUGGAAGAACUCUUGGAAGUUAUCACUUGGGCUCAGCUGGGAAUCCAUGACAAACCUGUGGGGUUACUGAACGUUGAUGGAUAUUACAAUUCACUCUUAUCAUUCAUAGACAAAGCCGUUGAUGAAGGUUUCAUAGCACCAGCGGCCAGACAUAUUAUUGUUUCUGCACCAACAGCUCAAGAGCUCAUGUGCAAGCUAGAGUUUUGAGCAGGAAUAUGUCCCCAAGCACUCUGGGGUGGCAUCCAAAUUAAGCUGGGAGAUGGAGCAACAACUGGGUUACACAACAAAGUCAGAUAUCGCUCGUUGACUUGAACAUCAAAAUUGUAUAAACAAAUCAUGGAAGAUUAACGACUUUAGAUUUUAGCAAAUAUUUAUACAACUACUCACAAUCUUGUAGAUGCGAUGCGAGCUCCACAGACAAAAGUCUUAAGUACCACCACAGUGUUUUUAAUUGUAGCUGUGGAUCACGCUGUGAAUUCUUUUUUCUUUCUUUUUUAAUUAUAAAUAUAUAUAUAUAUAUAUAUUUUGUUUACUUUGUCAAUUAGAAUCUUGCUUGAGUGUAAACAAAGGCCAGCAGCAGUGAAUUGUAUCAAUAGUAUUCCCAUGUCGGUAAUUACUAAUUUCAGAAUUAUUAU